AUGAUAACUAUAACAGAAAGAAACGGUCAAUUGUUCAUCACCAUCCCUCGGUUGUAUGCAAUUGAACUACCUCUCGAGCCGAUCGAUUCAGUAGUUUAUGAAGGCUAUGGCACCAUUAAUAAUUUUUGGCUUUUUCGUAACGUAUGUGAAAAACGCCUAAAACAACUCAAAUUAACCUGUCAAGAUGUUUCGAAAUUUGCUAGUUGUUUGUGGAAAGACGUUCCUAAUCACGUUAAGAUCACCUUAAAAGAAUAUAGUAAAAAGAUCGCGAAAGCGAAACCAAAAACGUUAAAAUUUAAGCCAUACGAUCAUUCAAAAUCAUCAAAAUGUCGACCACCAAAGAAAAUUAAGAACAAGCCAAUUGAAACGAAUUCCGUUGAGUUCGCUGUGAUCACUACUAUGCUUUUAAAAAGGCACGCUGACGAUCUAUGGAUUCAUCAAGAAAAUCAAACGGAGAAACCAUUAUAA